AUGAAUGAACGGCUUAAGCGGAUGGAACAGCUCCUCCAUCGGAAUUCCUCAUACCAAUCGCCAGCGGAUCUGAGUUCGCUGCCGUCCAUCGACUCUUAUCCGCCGUUAGACCUAUCGCGGGAACAUGUUUCCAAAACCUGGGAGCACCUUGAAUAUAUGGCUGCAUCUCCUCGGAUUGAUAACAGCUCGCCUCACGAUCAAUCAUUCGAUCCUUCCGUCACAAGAGAAAGCACCUCUGCGCCCACAAAAAUCGCCCUGCGGGCCGAGAAAGAUCUUAUCAGAAUACUCCCUCCUAUAGAUGUUGCGCGGCAAUUAUUUGAGCACUAUGUCGAAGCGGUCGACUGCAUGGAUCGCUUCAUCCAUGUUCCAUCCACCCGUGAUCUCCUUGAAGCAACGUAUGCAGGCCUGCCGAGCUCCGUGCCCGCACGCGAGACCCUGAUCUUUUUCGUCUGCAUCUUCGCCUCCGGCUCAUACUACGUCUGCCGCGUACAUGACCACCGGGUAACUGAUCAGCUCAGCCGUGAACACGCAAGGAGCGCUGCUUGGGUGGAGAGAGCACUGCAUGAGGUCAUGCGGCCAGAUACCAUGUAUUCGUCUUCUGUAAUGUCUCUUCAGUCUAGCUUUAUCGUCCUUCUGCUCCUCUUGGACUUUGAAGGACAGUCAAAAAGGUACCAUGUUCUGAAAAGUAUUAUCCAUACAAGAGCGAUCCAAAUGAAAUUACACAAAACGGAUAUGGAGGCUCAGGAGAAAGACUUGGACUUUAUCGAGGCAGAGAUCAAGAGGCGCCUAUGGUGGUAUCUUGUCGGCACCGAUUGGCUGCAUGGAAAUGUUGCAGGGCCGCAAGAGGGCACUUACACAAUAAACCCUCAGCACAUGGCUACCGAACUCCCUGGCAACAUCGACGACAAAAACCUAUCAACCGACGUGCCGCCGGUGUCGCGAGAGCUCCACCAACCGACAUCAAUGUCAUUCUUCCUGCAGCGAAUAGAGGUCGCCAAGCUUUCCCGCGAGAGCGUUGACCUCCUUCAAAAUAUAGGAUCGUCCAUAUCAAGUUCUUAUCCUCUCAUCCUACGUGUGACUGAAAAGUACACAUCACUGCUGAGCUCUCUACCCCCAUUCUUUCAGUCGCAUAACGAAGAUUUCUCAUCUCAAGAAGUGAUUUCACGAGACCGCCCGUAUAUCUCACGGCAACGAGCUAUCUUGCUAUACGGCCUUUAUUCUCGACUCGGUCGUCUGCAUCGGCCCUUCAUGACUCUUGGUAUCACAGAUAAGACCUUUGAGAUAUCUCACCAAAUGGGAAUACAUUGUGCCAAAAUGAUUCUGGAGUUGAGGAAUUCUAUGGCUGAGGAAGACAUGUGUCUAUUUGGACGCUCACAUAGCGUUGACCAGCAUUCCUUCAUUGCCUUGGUUCUACUGUCCAUUGAUAUAAUUGCUCGACCGGAUCAAGAAGGAGUGGAAGCCCAGAGGUCUGAAAUCAUGAAUACGUGUCGGACACUGAUCAACAAGUACCAGCCAGGAGGGCAAUCUAGUGGUGGUAUCACACGAGCCAUUGAGCUUCUGCUAGAUAUUUUGCACAAGUCCAAGCAAAGCACCCUUGUCCCUGGGGCCUUUGCCUCGCCAACUCGACCCACGCCACGCUCGGCUUCUCGAGAGUUUCCGACGACUGCAAACAUUCAGCCUGAAGAUGCGAUGGCCUCGCUCGACACUCCUAAUCAAGUGUCUUGGCUAGACGGUCUCUCUUUCCCAAGUCUCCCGGGCCAAGAGAUCCAUGAUCUGUUCGAUGAGCUGCGGACGACAGUAUCUGGUGCAGGUUAUUUUUCAUGGGAGGAUUUCUUUGAUUGGCAGGGGCUAUGCUAA